AUUUUUUUCUUUUAUUAACAUAAAGAUUGAACGUUCAAAAAACAAAAUACAAUUAGCAAGGGCAAAAAGAUUUGAGGCAGUGCUUUUUUCGUUGAAGUCUCAACACAUAGCCAAAUCCUUAGCUUCCUCGAUUUCAAUUCGCAGCAGCGAUGAGCUCCGCUGAUACCAUCAAUGCAAAUUCUGCUGAGUUUGUCAAAGAAUCUGUUCCAGGGACAAGCCUGGAAAAACAGCAGGAUGAUACAAAAAUAAAAGCUCAAGUUGAUGCCAUGUGGGGACAAAUGAAGAAAGGAGUAUCUAAUGAUAUCCUCAGAAGUUUUACAAGCAAGUCUAAUUCCACUCCAAAAAGAACUGCAAAGAAGGGAGCUUUUAAUUGUUUGUCAUAUCUGGGGCUAGUACCAAAGGCAACUGAAUCUGUUGGGCAAGCCGCUUCCUGUAAUGGGGCUGUAAUGGAGCAGAGCAAUACAAGUGAUGAAGCCAAGAAGCUUGCUGCUACUGCUCUUGCAGCAGUGAAAGAUGAUGCUGCUGCUUCUUCCUCUGGCAGGGGAAAGCUUGUGAUUACUGAGGUUCGAGACUUUGCUGGUCAAGACAUUGAAGUAAAGAAACUCUUAGAUUUUGACUCAAAGGAGGCAAUGGGAAGAGCCAAAAUUGCUGCACCUUCUGCGGUGGAUGCUGUCCUUGAACAAAUCAAGAAGAAGCAAAAGCUCAGUGUACUUGAUAAGACCAAAAUGGACUGGGGAGAGUUUAAGGAAGAAAAUAAACUGGAAGGGGAGCUUGAUGCUUACAAGAGGAGUUCAGACCAGUAUCUAGAUAAGGUCUCCUUCUUGCAGCGAACAGAUUACCGUGAGUUUGAGAGGGAGAGAGAUGCAAGACUGGCUUUGCAAGCCAGGAAGCGGCCAGAUAUGCGAGAGGAGCCAUAUGAAUGAUGGAAGUAGUAUAGAAUUCCUAUCUUUGAAGUAUGGUUCAAUUGGGAGUUGUUUUUCCAGGGGAUAUUGUUCCUGGGAACUGGGAAGGUCUUGAUCUCCUAAGAGUAAGAUCUAUGAUCAUUGAUUGGGGCAUGUCCAUUUUAUUUAACAAGGAUCAGACUCUUCCAACUGAUGCAAGACAUGCACCCAAUGAAUCUCUCUUGUUUUUAUUAAAAGACUAGUAAAUUCAUAAUUUCAUUUAUAGCCUUAA